AUGCUACAGCUCUUCUGGGGAGUGAUGGACCAAGUUGCCCAUCCAAGUUUCCUCAAAUUGCUCGAAUGCUACCAAUAUGACGCGUCCUGUAUGCUAAUUUGGGAGCCAACCGAGGUGUCAGUUGAUCAGAUUUUAGCCUCCAGUUGCUUGAUCACCGCGGAUGAAAUCCUUUCCAUUGUGAAGCCGAUACUGGAGGGAAUUUUACAUCUUCGUCGGCUUGGAAGAGCGCUCGCCACUCUGAGCCCGGGAACAGUUUUAGUCACACAUUCUGGUGAUGUAAAGAUUGUGGGCGUCGAGAAUAGCUGCAAAAUCCAUGAAUCCGAAAUGAAUUCCGCAACGACCAAAUUAUGUGCUUUAGCUGAUAUUGUUAAAAAAUUGAUGCUGAAGAAUUUAAACUACGAAUGGGAACUCGAGAUCCAAAACUUGCCAUACCAGCUGGAGAAUGUUCCCUUGGAGAAGCUCCUGCAGAAUGAGAUAUUUAAUCGAGAGUCAUCCAAAGAGGAGCUAAAGCUACUGGUUAGUGUGACCAACAAGACCGCCUAUCACGGUGUCCAGUCUUACUACGCUCGUUGA